AUGACGAUUGAACGUAAAGUGAAAACAGGUGACCCAUUCACUUGGGCACAAAUUCAACAAAUUGUGAAAUCAAACAAGCUUGAAUUAUUUGCUAGAAGCGAAGAGCAGUUCCGCAAUUACUACCAAUUUAAAAAUAACCUUUCGCUUAAAAGUAUAGCUUUGAAUGAUUAUGUGUUGAAUGAAGAACUCGAAUGGAAACAAGACGACAUUCGCAGUCAGACAAUAUUAAAGUCACAAGAAUAUUCCACACUGCAACCACAAGAUCUCAUCCUAUAUAACGAUGAUGAUGUGAAAAUAAUUUAUAACAAGUUUCCUUACUACUUUGAAGAUUCGGUGGUUCAUUUAUGCAUUUGGUCGAAAUUAACCAUACCCAAUGAUGUCAAUUCGCCAGUGGGAGAUAUAUCACCAUUGACCAAACGCAUCAUCGAGCGAUAUUUGCAAAAGACAUUUAUUGAAAAGGGCGUCUCUCCCGAUGAUAUUCUUUGGUUCAGAAAUUGGUCAAGUUUACAAAGCGUGAAAAGUGUCAGUCACAUUCACGUGCUUUUACAUGACGUUGAUGGCGGUUUGCUACACAAGCUUCUUGGAUCUCCGGGAAACACUUUAACCUUGGAGGAUUAUAAAGAGUUGUUGGAUGAACGGGAAUAA